CCAGCCUUGAGAAACGCCGCCUGGUAUAAAUACGUGAUGGCGUUUAGGUCACUGACGGAAAGCUAUACGUUUAUGCGAAAUAAUGCAUUUCAAAACAGGAAUUUCUAUCAUGAUAGUAAAUCUGAUCAAGAAUCAUUAGUAUCCAAAUCUAGCAACAAAGCCCUUGACAACACAUCUUUUAAGAAUUUUCGCAAUGAAUGGCAAACCAAAGUGAACUCACUUCAAUAUACGUUUAGCAUGAUACGACAGAAAAUGAAAGAGGUCAUCGCUCUUCACGAUCGACAUCUCAUGGCUUCAAAUUUAGAUGACAACUUAAAUGAAAAUCAGGAAAUAGAAUCUCAAACUAAAGAGCUUACUCAGUUGUUUAAUUUAUCCCAUAGUCAACUUGGUCAAUUAUCCAAAUUAAGACGUUCUUCAGCAAUAUGGCAACAAUCACAAGAAUCUAAAUUAACAGAAAAUGUUCUAUGCAAUUUAGCACGAACUCUUCAAGAUCUUUCAGUGGUAUUUCGAAAGGCACAAUCAAAAUAUCUAAAUGAACUUCGAUCCAGAGAUGAACGAAUACGUAGUUAUUUAAAAGUAGAUUUAAAUAUAGAAGAUACAUCAACUAACAAUAUUGUAAAUGAAUUUGAAGAUGGUGAUUAUGCUGUUUGGGAAUCGCAGAAACAAAGACGAAGUUUAUUACUUACAGAAAAUACAAAUAUGGUUGUACAGCGUGAACAAGAAAUACAUCAGAUUGUUCAGUCUAUUUGUGAAUUAAACGACAUUUUUCGAGAUGUUGCUCAGAUGGUUGUGGAUCAAGGCACAUUAAUAGAUCGUAUUGAUUACAAUGUAGAACAUACUCAAAUUCGAAUUGAAGAAGGUUUGAAACAUUUGAAAAAAGCUCAAAGUCAUCAAUCGAAAGAUCGUAAAAUGAUUAUUAUUCUUGUAUUAGCUGGUUUAGUUGUUAUAUCCGGUGUUUUAUUGAUUCUCACGAAAUUUCGAUAAUUCUCUUUUAAAGAGAUAGAUAGAUGAUGCAUUCAUUCACUGGUCCAUCUUUACAAAAAUUAUUAUUAUUAAAAAGUUGUUUUUAUUUGAAUUAUUUGUCUUUCAUGCUUCGUUGUGAUCAAAUUUUUUUUUCCGAUGUAUUCAUAUACUACUUAUUAACAAACUUGAUAUUAGUAGCAUCCAUUUGGUUUAACGGAAAUAAAGUGCAGUUCUUUUUUUUGUGUGCUUAUGAUUUAGGUGUCUAGUAAAUUUUCUUGUUGUUGUUGUUGUUGUUGUAAAAUCAUUAUAUUUUGUAAAUAUGUGAGAUAAUCUGUUGUGUGUUAUUUUAAUCUCCCAGAUUGAAUUUAACCACUUCUCAUCAACUUUUCAUU